AUGUCGUCACACGAUCAUCGUUCACUGUCCUGCGAGUCCUGCGACAGUCUGAGCGUGCAGGCCGUCGAACAACAGCUGCGCCAAAUGCAACAGCAGCUGAACGAAAUCAGCGUCAUACCGAUGCAGAUUCAGGCUACGCUUAGCUUCCUCACCCAAACCUUGUCCAAGUUUGCACCACCCGAGCUACAGCAGCAAUUACCGGAAGCACUGCGCGUAACCACGAAGCAAGCGGCGCAAGAAAUGGACGACUUUGUUGGUGAUAAAGAUUCAACACCGCAGCAGGACGAAACUACCGAUGGGGAAGUACCGGAGCAAGAGACGUACGCCAUCACGUUGGAGACACUGUUCGAUGAGUCAGAAGUUCUUGAUACGAUUCCGGCACGUGGAGAGGUUGAUGAUGAUGAUGAUGAUGGACAGACGCAGGACGACGAGACACCCGAAGAGCCUGAAAUUAGUGAAGAAGAGCGAUCGCGUAUUGAGAAGUUGGAGCGUAUCAUCAAGCUACAGAAAACUUGGCCCUGGAGUCAGCAGGAAAAGCCUAUCCAUAAACGCUCUAAUUGCCAUUUGGUUCCGAGUGUCGCAUUGGAGCGGUCGAAGAUCAAGCAACUGACAAACAUGGGGUCGCUUCCUUUCUACAAGCACGGAUACCUCACUCGGGUUUGAAAAUCAGGCG